AUGGGCAACUUCCUCAAUCGCAAGCCGGUCCCGGCCCCGGAUGCGAACCAUCACACCCAUAGCGACUUGCACUCGGCGUCUUCUCGACCGAGUGUCGGUCAGUGGUUCAAGGCGACAUGGCUGGAUAUCUUGACCAUGGCUGCCCUUGGCGCCGUUGGUCUGGGUGUUUAUCACGCGAAACCAGCCCCGACCCGUUCGUUCCCCGUCACGUUUGCCGACGGCGAGAUCGUCUACCCCGAGUUCGGCUACCCUCUUCGCAAGGAGAUCAUUCCGAUCUGGCUCGCUGCAUUUCUAGCUUCUGUCAUUCCCAUUGUCAUCAUGCUGGUCAUGCAGAUCCGAAUCCGAUCGUUUUGGGACUUCAACAACGCAGUCAUUGGCUUGCUGUACAGCCUAAUCACCGCCGCCGUGUUCCAAGUUUUCAUCAAGUGGCUCAUUGGUGGCCUUCGCCCUCACUUCCUUGCCGUUUGCCAACCGGAUUUGUCUCUGGCUUCUAAUGCGGCUGGCGUCCAGGGAGCUGGGUACAAUGGACGGGGAUACACAGGCAUCUACUAUACCAAGCAAAUCUGCACCGGCGAUGAAGAUGAGAUCAACGACUCGCUGGAAAGUAUGCCCAGCGGGCACACCACUGCCGCCUUUGCAGGCCUGAUCUUCCUCAGUCUCUACCUGAACGGCAAGCUGAAAGUAUUCUCGGAUUAUCACCCUGCCAUGUGGAAGCUGGUCGUUCUGUACGCACCUGUCCUCGGGGCCUGCUUGAUCGGAGGCGCGCUUACUAUCGACGAGUACCACAACUGGUACGACGUUUUCGCCGGCGCUGUUAUUGGAACUGUUUUUGCUUUCAGCGCUUACCGGAUGACGUAUGCCUCGAUUUGGGACUGGAGGUGGAACCACGUCCCGUUGAACCGCACAACGUCUUUUACCUUUGGACAUGGCGGCCAGCAAUACUUGGACGUGGGAACGUUUACGAGACGGGGCGCUUGGGGAGAGAAGCACGGGCUGACUGGUCAUCAUAAUGGGACGGCUGCUCACCACCAUGCGGCUCCUAUCGGGGCGACUACCGGAACGAAUAUUCCUCAGAACGGUGUCCAUGGCGACAAUAUGGUAUAG